UUAUGAGAUGGUAAAAUUCGACCUCGACGGAGUGAAAGCGUUUUCUUCAGCACGAAGCGAAAACUGUUGGAGAAUGUAUGUUGAUAAUGUCCGCUCUUUGAGUUGUACGACUACAACAGCUAUUGCCCUCAACUUUCAAAAAGCGUCGAAUAUGAGGAUCAUGCCUUCAUCCUCCCUUCCAAUACGCCAUGUUCUGGCAUUCCUACUUCACGUCUUUCUCUUCUUCGCUAAUGACGGAGGAAAACGAACACAAACAAUCGUGGUGGCCUACAGUCCGCGAACAAAGAGGGGAAAUCUGCGAGGACUCUCUGCACCAGCGCCGGAGCAGACUGCAAGUGACGACAAUUAUGGUUAUUUUGAUCGACCUAAUUUUUCCAAGAACUCCUAUGCGUCUUCGACUCCACCCGAUGAAACCAAUGGCGCGGCACCUUCGACCAGUUAUGAGGACUACUACCUCAUUGGCGGCCAGGGCGAUAACCAGGAAAAUGUAAAUGACCAAUACAACCAUCAUGAUGCAGGUCGUCCUGGAGGUGCAAGAGAAGAUGUUGGACCUCCUCCUUCGUCUGCUUCAGCGGGGCUACCACGACUUCUUCCCCAACAAGCAUCCUUUCUCGAUAUCGCGGAAGAGCAAACUAUGCUGUUGGAAAGAAAACUUGCCGAGGAGCACCGACGGGAAGAAGCAACGAAGUGGUCUCUGGACGAGUUGAAGAAAGCAAAACACGAACGCGAACUACUGGAGCUGGACGCGGAGAUGAAAAAGGAGCAACUCCAAGACAAGCAGUUCGCGCAAUCGAGCAUGGAUGAAGUGCGGCUGAUUCAACUUCAAGAGCAGGCGAUGGAGAGGGAGUUCGAAAGUAAAUUGCGGGAGCAGGAGCGGGGUGUUCGUGAGGACAGCAGCCACCUGGAAAGCCAGAAGGCGGCGAAGAGCAAGAAAGUAGGCGGCAAGUCCAUGUUUAUCGAACUGGAACAAGAAGAGAAUCAAAAUCGGCAAGUAGAACAGGAGCAAGAGACGCAGCAGCUCGCACGCGAAAGCGAGCAACUUGAGCAAGAACGAAUCGAAUUAGAGCAGGAAAAAAAGCAAUUGCUGGAAGAGAAACAGCGGCUAGCACGGGAGAGACGGUUGGAACUGCAGGCGGAGGAGGAUGUGAAGAUUGCGCGGCGCAGACGACAGGAGCACCGAGAGAAAGUGUCGAACAACCCGCCGAAAUUCGCGCCACGGUACGACCCAGGCUACUACACGCAAGCGCAUGGGCACGCGUCAGAGACAAGCACCCCGCAAACUGCGGCCCAACGGGGACGAGGACGAGGACAGCCGCAACUACCGGCGCCAAGACAAGGCGCUGCAUCAUCUACAGCCGCUCCUGCGACGAGAACUUCUCUACCGUUAUUUUCAACAUCACCAGAUGGCCGCGGUCCACCGCUACCACUGGCGGACAUUGGUGCACCACGAGUGCUGCCGGAGGAGCGUGAUGAAGAAGGCGCUUUUACUGAUUCUGUGGCUGACCGUUCUGCAUCCCUCCAGGAGCCGGCGCCUUUUCUUUUCUCGCCAGACGUUUCGAGAGAACAACAAUUGGAAUUGCAAGAGCCCGCAGGAGGAGAUCCACUUCUCGGUGAGACCGCUGGCCACGGCAACGGGGGCGCAGGUAGUGCGGGCACCCCGGCUGCAGCAUCCGGCGCAAACUCCGCACUGUCUUCUCGUCCUGACGAGACGUCGCACGAAGGGCCGAUGGCAGAUGAUCUGCCACAAAGAACAUUGAGGCAGGGUGAAGUAACGUCGACUGCGGCUGGUAGUACACCCUCCAGCGAAGAAGUAGAUGUUGACAAGAACUUCAUGAUGACGAGCACGCCAACCCCGACCGGACCACCAACGGACACAACUACCUCCGGGAACAAGGAAGUAGAUUUUACCAGCCUGCAGAGACAAACAACUACUUCCACACCAAGCCCCGUUACGCCGCUGCCAUUGUCGCAGCCGCAAAAAUCCACCCCGACCGGAGGUAGCAAGCAGGAAACUUCUUCGGACAGACCAACCACAAAAUCCGGUGGUGCACACACAAAUCAAAAGAAGAAGAAGAAGCCGAUGACAACUGAAGAACAUGUCGCAAUGAUCAACGACGCGUUUAAGGACAUCUACGAGCUUGAUGAGCAAAGGCAGAAGGAGAAGGAAAAUAAAGCCAUCGACGAGCAAAUCCGCAAGCUAAAGGCGCAGCUAGACGUGCUGGAGGCCCAAGAGCUGCAAUCCAUUCCGCGGGAGAGCAGGAAAAUAUCACACAGAAAAGUGCUGUUGAACACAGAUGAAUAGCAGUUUUAUUGCACAAAAUGAUUCUUUUUCGUGACAAAUUCAAAAUAUACCUAGCACACAUACAAAUUUCAGUCUGCUUUUGCAUGCCUGCGCUGCUGCCGGCCGAAUGCCGUUAAUAACGUAUUGAAGCACGACUUUUCUUGUGAUAGAGAACGCCCCCGGACGCGAUGAAGAUUAAGGCUCAGCUGGAAGAGGAGGAGCGGCUGCAGGGUACACCGGGUUUCAAGUACAUCGUGAAAGACCCCGCGUGGACGGAGAGAAACUAUUUGGUCCGGAACAAGACGGCUCUGCGCGAACACCUUCCCCUCGUCCUGCGGCGAAUCCAACAGCGGUCCAUCAUGGACGAGGAAAAUGCAAUGACGAUGAGCACGUUGCUGAUGAAGGAAGGUUUCCAGAAGGACGGUGUCACGCUCGUGAUCGUCUUGCUAAUCAGCUUGACUGUCCUCUUCGGCCUAAUCUUCGGGCCCUGUUUGCUGGUGUUCGGGUCGGCUAGGUUUCGAGGAACAAGGAUGACUGCUGGAAACCUACCAGCGUUAGUUGCAGCAGAUGAAGAUCCGUCCCGUUCCAGAUUCCUGGCCGAAUUCGAACGGGUCGGAACGAUUAACAGCACCGUGCUGAUCAAAUCGAAAACGACAAAACGCUUCCAACUCUGGUCUGUGUGCUCGGUCCUGAUCGGGUGUGGUCUGUUGUUCGCGGAGUACCCGUAUCCACAGUAAAUCUCAAUUUACCGUACACGCACAAGCAAUGCGAUUUCCGCAUGACAAAGCUUGCCUUCGACCCUGGUUCGCAUGACGAGUCGUGGUAGUUUUUACGAUGAACAAAGUUAGCGAAACUUCUUGUGAUGUAUUUUGUACGUGUGCAUGUUCUGGAAAUUUGUAUUGCAUAAUCCGAACCGGAUUUACUCACCCUGGAUCCCGACGGCGGAUUACGGAAACGUGUUUUUGAUCCCGGGGAUUAUGCCCAUCAACGAACAAAUUCUUCGCGGGUUGUGGUAUUUACUACCCGCUGUGGGGUUUCUCUUCUCCGGCCUCGUGCCGAUUGCGGUGUUUGCGGCCGUUUCGGUCAAGAGUAGCGCGCCAGCUCAAGAUCUUGAUGGGGAUUUCGUCGAUGCGGAGAGGGGAAAUCGUGAAAGACAAGCUUCUGGUGCAGCGGGAACAUCUACAAAACGGCAGCGAAGUGUAGCGCGACGGAGUCCAGGAGCCGCUAGCCAUCAUCUUCCAUCUGCACUGCAAUCAGGUGGAGCAGCUGCGAGUGAUUCUGGCAGCGAUUUUUACAACGACGAGCGCGGUGGUGGGAUCAUCUCAAGUACUACGCCAGUUGAGGAAUACAACGACGGUGGGGAUCAAAUUGACGACGAGCCGCAUUCAUCUUCUGGCAACGAAAACGACCUCGGCAGCGCGCCGCCCUCGUCCGACGAGAUGCCCGGUUCGGAUGGUUCGGGCGGUGGGCACUCCAUGGACUUGGUUUCCCGCCCCGGGAUUCCUUCCAGCGCGAACGUCAGCCCCGACGACGUGGAGAAGCAGUAUCUGCAGGAGCACGAGCACCAUCCUGGUGCUACAGCUUCGAAGCAGAAGGCUGGUUCUGCUGGCGAGAAUAAAGCCGUGGAGGGACAACAUGCGAUGGCACCCCAGGGAACUACGGAGAUGGAGCAACCGGCGGGAAAACCGGACGCGGACAACCCGGUUACAGGGUACAAUCCGGAAGAUAGCGAAGAAACAAACUACAGGAGCGGUGGGGGUGACGGUGACCCGGAUGAUGAUGCCGGGGCAAGGAACAGAAGCGCUAAACCCUCCUCCUACUUCCCUGUGUCGAACCUGCAACUCCUCCUGCUCGCACAGAAACUCGCGGCGCCGUACUCCCUGCUAAUCAUGCUGAUCUUCGAAACCGUGCAGCUGUUUUACGGGGAGUGCGUGACCAUUCUUGCGUACGAAAACGACGAUCUGGACGGAGAGCCUGGCAGUCCGCCACCGACCUUCAGCUUCCACUUAGGCAGUACAAAAAAAUUAUUGCAGUUGUAUAGUUGUACACCUACAAAAUGUAAAUGCAAAGAUGAAAGAAAAAUGCGUCACAAAUUAUUUAUGUAACUCAGAAGAGCGUAACACUUGAACAGCUUCGAACUUCUCAACAUGUUGACUAGCAUUCAAGAAGAGUUUUGUCAUGCAGAGCCUGAGGCAGCAUUGAUUUGAAUUUGUACGUGUGCGGGAACAACAUCAAUAACUCGAUUUAUUGUGGAUAGCCCUCCAGCAUGUUCAACGUGGACGCUUGUAAAGACCACGGGCAGCACAUCCUGACGCUACACACCAACAACGGGUUCCAGAUCCAGCAAGUGCGCACAGUUGCCGUGUUACUUGCCUGGGUCGUUUUCGUCAUGUUUGUCUUCGGCGCGCAAGUGGCGCUUUGCUGGUUUGGGUACCUGUUCAAAACAAGGCUCGGCCGGGACAGCAACGUAUCAAACGGUGGCGUGGCAGUUGUAGGAGCAGCAAGAACCUUGACAAUGCCAAGAACCGCCAGAAUUUCCUUCGUGCUGGAAGUUCUUCUCUACUUUUUGAUCUUUUCCCUGCCCCUCCUGCAGUGUCUGCAACACAUCCGGUCGCUCGCGUUCAGUACCGACCCAACGGCGAGCAGGGACAUGCUGCAGAUGCUGCGCCGAACGGCCUUCGAUCACGCUGACGAGACCAACUUGCUGGUGGGCGACGGCGGACCGUUUUCCCUCUGGUACGACACUUUUAGACCGCCGUGAGUUUCAUCUGGAAAGCGCUGUGGAGGUUGUAGUGUGAAACUAGCAAUAAAAAACGGAGAAAAGUUUUUAGUCAGCGUGAAAGAUUCGACAGUAGAAGUACUUACGAAACGUAACUAAACGACCCAAACGUCCUGGUGUUUUAUGUUCGGAAACUACAGCGGGAUUGAUAUUAUCUCGAGUUGUACAAAAGGGAACAAGCAAUAAUCUUCUUAGAAAUAUAAAAUUGUAGAACCACCACAAAUAAGUAGGACUCCUCGCGCCGGCAGUUGCAAGCAGAAGGCAGCUAUCUGGUCAGAAUCAGAUGCAGCGAUCCUUUGCGUUUCCUUUCCGAAAAUUUUAAGAAAAUCGAGAAAGCAUGUAGAUAAAUCUCUCGAAUUAAUGUUAAAAAUCUUAAUCCAUUGCAAAGAUAAAAAAUCUCGCUGUUGAUGUUGUACACUACCACUACCAAUCGUCUUCGUUAAACUCUAGCAAUUUAUUUCUUGUGUGUCCUCUGGUUCUCUCUUAUCCUUAUGUAAAGACUACAGCUUUCUUCAAACAUCUGUCUGAAUUCGAAAUUGAUUUCGUUUGUACACCUCGAAAGAAACGAGCUCGAGCUUAUGAUUAUGUACAAGAUAUUUAUUAAAGUUCUUGCCUCGCGAUAUUUUAGACGCAACACACGAAGCAGCUCCCGCCUAGCUCGAACAAGUAGCAAUGGCGAAAUCAUACAAAGAAGUAAAAAUAGCGAGUUCUUCGUUAUUAUCGUUUUCCUCAUAACCAGUCACAGCAUCAAUGUGAUUGUCGUGAAACAGAAGCAAGUCAAAGGUGAUUUGUCGGCUUCAUCGAGUAUUAUCGUUGUGGAAGGUCGUCGUAGAUGGGUCGUAGAAAGAAAAAAUGCAGUCCUCCAACAAUCUCUCCCCAGUUGAAACGAAUAUCUUCCAUUUUCUCCUUGCAGCUGCACUACAACAAA